CCCAUUCAGCUUCGUCUACCCCCCGCGAUCGAGACGAGAACACCAAUCCCAUUCCCCACCCAAGCGGAGCGAGCGGGCGGCGGCGGCGAGCGGAGAAGAUGGUGCGGAAGGCGAAGGUUGAGUUCGACGAGCAGCCGCCGGACAACUUCGACCCGAAGAACCCGUAUGGGGACCCGGUGGCGAUGCUCGAGUACCGGGAGCACCUGGUGCGGGAGAAGUGGAUCCAGAUCGAGACCGCCAAGAUCAUCCGGGAGCGCCUCCGCUGGUGCUACCGGAUCGAGGGCGUCAACCACCACCAGAAGUGCCGCCACCUCGUCGACCAGUACCUCGAGGCCACCCGCGGCGUUGGCUGGGGCAAGGACGCCCGCCCGCCCGAGUUCCAUGAGCCCAAGAAGGUCGUCGAGGCGGAGUAGCGGCUCUGCUGCUGCGGCUUCGCGUGCUGCUGUUCCUGGAUUGUAGAGGUGAUCUGAUCCUUCCGUUGAAUUGAAACGAGUAACGUGGAACUGCUGCAGUUUGUUUACAUCUGAAGCUGCUGAUAGACUUCGAAUAAUGUUGUCAAAGAACAUUCUUGUGCCUGUACCUUUUCCUGGCCUGUUGUGGAAUUGAGCAAAUCGUUGCUUGAACCUUCGUGCCUUGUUUCUCAAUUCCUAAUUUUAAGUUUAUACAAACCGUGCAUUCUUUUGGUUUUACUUUCCACUUUUUAUUGCAUCAUUGAUCUGCAACAAUGUGAAAGGCGAUUGUUGAUUACCAGUAUAUUUAUUGAUCGAUGCUGAGCAUGAAA